AUGUUGAUUACUCUAGAAUGCAUUCUACUUGCGUUACAAGCGGUUGCUGCAGUUCGACUUGCAUUAGAAUCACCUUUUGAAAUUACCAGUCCAUCAAGCAAUAGGCUGUCAAAACGAUCACCCGUUGAAUUGGGUGGUGAUAUCACAAAAUGCUAUACAAUUAAAGUCAAUGUUCAUGGAGUUGAUUUGGAUUUGCAAGUCAAUUCAGCAAUGUCUGAUAUAGUUGUACCACUUUCUAGUUCAAGCAACGAUAUAGGCUUGGCUCCAGAAAGUACUCCAAGUGGGCAACCCGUUACUAUAAAUUACAAAGGCAAAGAGUAUAGAGGAAUUAGUUCCACAGCCGAUGUGACGAUUCCGGGUACUAGUAUAACUGACAUCAAUUUACCAGUACUAUCAGUUGAAAAACAAUCGGCAGAUCUAGUUGGUAUUAGUCCAAACCUUGAUGGAGUAUUUGGGUUUGCCUAUUCCUCGUUGUCAAAGCAUCAUCCACCAAUCACUGCGAUGGAUGUUUUGUACAGCAAUGGUGUCAUUCCCAGUAACGAGAUUGGUCUUCAAUUAUGUCCGUAUGAUAUGACUUCAGAUAGCUUCAUCAAUAUAGGAAACACGGACGUAACUGCAAAAUGCGGGACAGAUGGAAAAAGUAUUGCAUGGGUAAAAUCACCAUCAGCCGAUUAUUUUACUGUCAACAUCAAGAGUAUACUAGUCAAUGGCAAACGAGUGAAUCUACCCGAGGAAUUCCAAAAAAGGGUGGAACAUGGACGUACUUUGUACUCCAUUGUGGAAACAUGUUUUAGAUAUAUGUAUUUCCCUAAAGUAGUCGUGGCAGCAUUGGUUGAUGCUAUUGUUGGUAGUGGUGCAAUUACUAUCAAAAGGAUUAAACUCAAGCGCAAACUCUACCCAGAAGAAAUUGAUGACGUAUUUUGGAAAGACGGUUUAAUGGCUGAAUCUAGUUUUAGUAUCGAUUGGGGCAAGCUGCCAACGGUUUCAAUUACAAUAUUUGCUGAAAACCCUGUAACUGUUGAAAAUCGAAAUUCUGUUGUAGCGAUCAAGUUGGGUCCCAAAGACUAUAUACAGAGAUAUGAUUCUAAAAAUUUUGAAUUUGCUGUAAAAGCUGGUUCAAAUGACAAAGCAGUUCUUGGUAUAUCAUUUAUGACCCGACUUACAAUGACAUUUGAUCGAGCACAUAAACGCAUUGGGUUUGGUCCUGGAUGUGGAUGUGAAGUCAUGGCCGAUGGAUAUCCUACUAUUUCAAACGGUUAUCAAAUGCUCUGGCCAUCAUCACAAUUGCCUGAACAACCAACUACUUCAGGUUCAGAUGGCACAUUUAUUCGCAGAAGAAAACCAAUAACUACAACUGAUCAAGUAGCUGUACCUGAAAACACUCACCACGCUGUCAAGAGUUACAAACAGACUCUCAAUAAACUCGACUGA